GCUAGUCUCAUUUUUUACUGAAGAGCGCCGUAACUUUACACUUGAAAACUUUAAUAUUCCUAAGUCGGUGAAUUAAUGAGAUUAUAAAAAAUGAAGGCGGCACCGGAGUCUAAGGAUAUACUGGAAUUUCAAUUUAAACAAUCCACUCAUCAGAAAAUAUCAGACGGAUUCAGCUCAAUCCCCGUAGCCUGUAGCCUAGUUGCGAUAGAUGGGAAACGUGGAUUGAUUUAUACGGCUUGCGACCAGAAAAUCACGGCCCUGAAAAGUGGCGACAAUCCAGACAAGGAGUGGAAAAAAGAAUUUGUUCUGCCAGCAAAAGUUACUCGCAUUGCAUUUAAUUGCGAUUGUUCAUUUUUAGCUAUCGUUUUUGAUUCUCCUACAGCUUACAUUUAUAAUGCUGCUUCAGUUGUACAACAGCAAUUGGAGCUCCUACGAGAGAUCAAAUUAUCGUCCUCAUAUAAUGUCCACGUUUUGGAUCUUCGAUGGAACCCUUGCAUCCCUGGGAUGCUGUGUACAGUAACAAGUGAUCACGCUAUAGGCAGUUUUAAUAUAACAUCUGACAAAAAUUCAGCAGUCCUAACAAUAUUGGAAAAAUUAGAAAAGUUAGAUGUGCUCUGUGUGGCUUGGAGUCCGAAGGGAAAACAAUUAGUAGUGGGAAGCAAGAAUGGAAGUUUACUACAGCUCAAACCAGAUUUGAAGGCAGCCAGAAUCAUUGCAGGUCCUGAUCCCAGCAUCGGGAGUGUCAUUGCUCUUUUAUGGAUCAGCAGUUACCAAUUUUGCGCUGCCUAUUUAAAUCCACAAGACUUACAAAUUAAUGUCCUCAUUAUCGAUGCCCCCAAAGGUGAAUCUAAGAGCAUCUUCACUUGUUACGAAGAUAUAACUUAUAGCUUGCCUGAUGUUGAAGGAAAAGAAGGCAAUCCGCCACGUUACUAUUUUGAACAUAUUGCGGAAUGGGGAUUAAUUAUUGCUGCCAGUAGUACCAGCAGUGAAAUUGCUGUGCUUGGCUCGCCAGAUAAUGGAACAACAUGGCAGCAAUGGCAGUUAGUUGACAGUGGAAGAGCUCAGCUACCCCUCGUGCGAACUAAUGAAACCUUUCCUGUUGGCCUGGCAGUAGAUAGAACAUCUGUAAACAAGCUGCCGUGGGGUGGAGAGGGUUCAACGCUCCCUUACCCUGUACCCCUACUUCACAUAUUUGGAACUUCAGGGCAGCUCUGUAGUUUCCAUAUGGUAAAUUUAAUGCCAGGAAUUCCGCCAGUCUGCUCUCCUCCAACUGAAACUCUUCCAUCGUUUAGUGAAAUACGCCCGAAUCUUGCUCCUACUGAAAUAUCAUUUAAUUUGGAUGGCAGAGUCACCAGUACUCCACGACCUAAACAAAUUGAGCCAAUCAUGGAUCGACCAACAUCAGCUGUAACCACAAACAUAUCACUGAAGGCCUCGGAAAUUUCUGUUCCACAAUCGAAAACUGAAUUGUUUGUAAGAAACUGCCCUAUUGAGAAGAUCGAAGUAUCAUCGAAAGUGGACACAUCACUAAUACCCAGCAAGGAAAUAAAAGAGACUGAGAAAGUCAGCAUCGACAGUAAUUUAUGUGUUUGGACAUAUGUGGAAGUAUGCAGUGAGUUUGAAAAAGAACUGAGUAGUCGUAGGGAAAUACAGUCCGUUGAUAUCGGCUCACCAGACGAACGUACACAACUUAUUGAUAAAUCUGAAAAUAUAGAACGCUUCUUAACAGAUUUACAGGAAACAACUGCUAGUUUGACCAGUGACAUGAAUUACUUGAAAGCUUUGUUGUUACAGACUUUUGCCUGGCUGGAAGAAACGAAAUCCAAAUGUUCUUCUAAUGCAUCGAGUAAUCCCCAAAAUCGAGGAAAUAAUAAUAAGUUGAAAGAAUUGCAAAAUCUUGUCUAUUAUAUUCAGUCUCAAUUGGAGCAAGCUGCUAGAGCUCUAGAUUACGAAUGGUUCGAGCAUAUGAAUAAAGAAAAAAAUAAAAUGAAGGUACCGAGACUUGAGUUUGUUCAUCAAAUCAUGCUUCAGCAUUCACAAUAUAUUGCCAAGGUGGAAAAUUUGAUUCAAGCUCAGGUUAAGAAAUGGAAAAGUCUUACACGUAGAGAUAUUACUUCCUCAUUAAAUAAAUCCUUGGCCGAUAUGUCUCUGGCUUCAUCUGUGAAUAACAAAGCUCCGAGUGGUGCUAUAGAGCACAAAUGUAGAGCAAUAGCACAGCGAAAUUGUAGCUUCAGCUGUAAGAAACAACGCACUUUGAGGAAUUUGUUGAAUCAAACCACGAUAAAGGUAAUCAAAACUGCAACCCCUUCAGCAAUUCAGGAUCGCUUGGAGGCAACAAUAUCUUCUCUGGCAAUGCAAAGUCCACCUAAAGAAGUACAGCGACGUAAAAAUAACUUAAUGGAAAAGCUGAUGCGGGAAGAAGCACUACCUGCACCUCCACCUAUCCCAGCUGCAAAAAGCCCCUUAGCAUCUUUGGAUCAAAUUGUCGCCAACAUUGGAUCUGUUGGAAUUCAGCCCAACCUCAAUAUACAGAAUAAAGCGCCAGCCUUGAUCACCACAUCUGCUUCCACCCCACCAAUCAAAACAUCGCAAGUUGGAGUACAACCUAAUAACACACAGAACAAGUCUACAGCAUCCAUUUCUCUUCCAUCGAUCAAAGUACCACAAGUGGAUGGCAAAGCACGAAUUGCUGCUGCAUUAGUAGCAUCGCAAACCCCAAUAACACCACAGUCUGUACAAAGCAAGCCAACUUCAGUUGCACUAUUCGGCACACCUGCUACACCUCAAAAACCCAUAAGUGGCAUCCCCAGUGGAAUGAAAUCUGUGACAAUAUCAGAAGUUUCUCCAUUUACUUCUUCUACUUCUAGAUCAUCAGUAUUGCCAUUGUUGCCUCCUGCACUGAUGCCAACUACAGUCGCAGCUAUUAAUAAGCCUUUACCAAAAAUUGACUCUCCUCCAUUCAAUUCUGUUAUUGCUAAAACUGAGGCACAAUCAAUACUUCCAACAUCUACCCCAACAAUCACUCCAAUAGUAGUUUCCACUUCUAUACAAACCAUCCCACAAUCCACUGUUAGUUUUAUGUCAACAGUUCAAACACAAGCUAGCCAAACGCCGACUUAUCCUAUCACACUAAAAACCUCAUCUAGUCCAGUCACAACACAAAGAGCAUUAACGACUACAACUUCGAUAAAUGUAUCAACGUCACUGAUAGAGAGUUUUUCUUUUGCAUCUAAAUCUGCAAGUAAUACUCCUUUUUCAUUCGCCUCAAAACCAGUAGCCAGCCCAACAUCGAGCGCAGCUCAGUCGUUAGAUCUGUCAGCUAUGGGCUUGGGUCUACAAACUUCUUCCAAUACUUCGAUCAAAAAUGUGACACCAACAACAACAAUGGCAACUGGUGGCUUUUUUGGAUCUGCUGGGACGUCGUCUCCUGGAUCAAUAUUUGGUGGAACUUCAACUAUCUUGAAAGAUAAGCCAGCAAAUCCAAUUUUUGGCAAUCCUCCUGGGUCUUCACUGUUUGGCGGGGUCUCAGCGGGUAGUAACAUAGUGUCUUCAUUUGGUGAAAGUGUAACACCUGGCACACCAAAGCUACCAGUUUUUGGUAGUAGCUCCACUGGCCUAACUACAUCUAUUUUUGGUGGAUCUGCUGCCAAUCCACUGAAGUCUGUUUCUGGUGAAACAUCGGCUGUAUCCACAGCUACAUCAGGAUUUGAGAAUUCCGCUAAUUUAACUUCAGCUUCAGUUUUUGGUGAUAUUUCUACCACUUCCAACGCUCCAUCAAUAUUUGGGGGUAAUUCUACUCAAUUUUCAAGUGCACCUGCUUUGGGAGGAACUACCAGUUCACCAGCAUCAAUUUUCGGCAAAGCUACUACCAAUCCCAUUAAACCACCAAUAUUUGCUGGUGACUCUGUCACUUCUCCGACAUCCUCCAUUUUUGGGAGACCUCCUGAUGCUGAAUCAUUCACGUUUGGUGCUAUUCCAGCUAGUUCUCCACCACUACCAGCUUUCGGAAGUGGUCUCACAAUUUCCACGAGUCCAUCAAUGUUUGGUGGAGCUAUUUCUAAUCCCCAAACUGCAUCAGUUUUUGGUGGUACAUCAUCAAAUCCUCCUACCUCAUCAGUCUUUGGUACAGUUACACCCUCAAAUCAAUCAACAUUCGGAGGGGCACCUGUAAUCCCUACUCCUACUACUAACAUCGGGUCAACUUCACCUACACUGACUGCUACCGCACCAGCAUUUAGCCAAACAGCAACUUUUGGUGCCAAGCCAGCAUUUGGAUCCACUUUUGGAACAUCAAAACCUAUAUUUGGCGGUGGAUUUGCAAAUACUGCAUUUUCAGGCGCUACACAACCUACAACUGCUUUCGGUGUUUUUGGUACGCCAUCCCCAUUAGGAGCUAACUCCAGUAGUAUCGGCAGCAGUUCAAUGCAGAAAGUAUUUGGUGAAAGCAGUGGAAGUAGUACUUUUGAAAAUCUUGCCACUCAGGAAGGCGGGUUAACUUUUGGCAAUCUAGCUCAGAAGCAACAAGAACCAGCAGCCCCACCGCCCUUUUCAGGAGGAAGCUCCUUCCAGAGUUGGAGGUAAUGAAAUCUACUGUGACCACAUCAAGAUUCAUCAAGACUAUCCCAGUAGAAGUCAAUCCGAUAAGUCUCUUUUUAUAAUAUGUAUGAAAGUCAUGUAGUAAAAUAUUU